AUGGCUGAUUGUAUCCGAAGUGUGGCAAGGAAGGUGUUAGGAGAAACAAAAGGGAAGCGUAUGAUAGAUAAGGAUGGGUGGUGGUGGAGUGAAAGUAUUAGAGAAGUUUUGAGAGAAAAGAAAAAUGCCUUUAAAGAAUGGCAGAGCGUAGAAGACCAGAAUGAAUCCAUAAAAGAAAGUAAGAGAGGGGCGUAUAAAGAAUGUAAGAAGAGAGCGAAGAAGGAAGUUGCUAUUUGUAGGGCAGAGGCGCACGAUAAAUUAUAUCGGUCCCUUGAAAGCCCCGAAGGUCAAAAACGACUUUUUCAAAUUGCAAGAGCGAGAGAAAGGAAUGGAAGAGAUGUCUCACAUGUAAAAUGUAUAAAAGAUGAUUCUGGAAGGAUUUUGACUGACGAUGAAAGUAUAAAGAAGCGAUGGAAGGAGUAUUUUGAGAAAUUGAUGAAUGAGGAGAAUGAAUGGAAUGGUAUGCUUGAAAACCCACCAGUGAAUAUGGGCUUAGUGAGAGAAAUUAGUGUGGAAGAAGUAAAAAUGGCUGUUAGGAAUAUGAAGAAUGGGAAGGCGGUCGGCCCAGAUGGAAUACCAGUAGAAGUGUGGAAGUUGCUGAGGGCGGAUGGAUGGAAGUGGUUGAGUUUAUUUUUCGGUAAAUUGUUGCAGGAAGAACAAAUACCUGAGGAAUGGUGCAGUAGUAUACUGGUUCCCAUUUUUAAAAACAAAGGAGACGUUCAAAACUGCAGCAGUUACCGGGGAAUAAAGCUCAUGUCACAUACGAUGAAAGUCUGGGAAAGAAUAAUAGAGAGAAGAAUGAGAGAAGAGUGUGAGAUAACACAAAACCAGUUCGGAUUCAUGCCCGGGCGAGGUACGACAGAUGCCAUUUUCGCAUUACGCCAAUUGUGCGAAAAGUACAAGCGCGUGCAUAAAGAUUUGCACAUGGUUUUUGUCGACCUUGAAAAGGCGUACGAUCGGGUUCCCCGUGAGGUCUUGUGGUGGGCGUUAAAGAUGAAAGGUAUGCCUGGGAAGUAUGUGAGGUUGGUCCGUGCUAUGUACAGAGCAUCCCGUACAUGUGUACGAUCUGCCGCGGGAACUACGGGCAGUAUCGAUGUGGCGGUAGGGCUGCACCAAGGGUCGGCACUGAGCCCUUACCUCUUCCUACUGAUUAUGGACGCUUUGACGUCGGACCUGCAGGAUGAGGCACCCUGGUGCAUGCUCUUUGCCGAUGACAUCGUGCUUGUCGGGGAAGAAGGCAUUGAGGUACAGAGCAGACUGACGGGGUGGCAACGGAGGCUGGAAAGUGUUGGCCUGAAGAUCAGCAGAUCCAAAACCGAAUAUCUGUGCUGUGAUUUCGGCGGUCUUUCCAGUCCUGUACCCAUGUCGUUGGAUGGCGCUAUACUGCCUAUCUGCUCAGAUGUCAAGUACCUCGGUUCCUUCAUUCAAGGCGACGGCGGAAUAGAUAGAGCUAUUCAAGACGAUACAGCUGAUUUACAUGGUGUGUCUCAACCAGUAGUAAGUAGGACAUGUAAAAAAGUAGCGGAAAUUUUGUCACGGAAGUCCCGAGAAUUUAUUAAAAUGCCUACUACUUUAAAUGAACAGCAGGAAACCAUUAGGAAAUUUCGCAGUAUUGCUAAUUUUCCUACAGUAAUUGGCGCAAUUGACUGUACUCACAUACGAGUAAAGAAAGUGAAUGCUGAUGGGGGUCAGUUAUAUAUUAAUAGAAAAGGAUUUUCUUCAAUUAAUGUACAGGUGGUUUGUGACGCUGACCUGAAAAUCAUGGACAUUGUUACCAGGUGGCGUGGUAGUGUACAUGACUCCAGAAUAUUCCGAGAAUGUAGACUAAAACAGAGGUUUGAGGCUGGUGCAUUCUCUGGAAUAUUACUUGGUGACAGUGGCUAUCCUUGUACCCCUUACCUAUUUACACCGCUGCUGAACCCCACAACACCACAAGAAGAAAGAUAUAAUAGGAGCCAUAUCCGUACCAGGAACACAGUGGAAAGAUGUUUUGGUUUGUGGAAGCAACGGUUUCGUUGCCUAUUAAGAGGUAUGUUUGGAGAUAUUGAAACAGCAAAAAAAACAAUUGUUGCAUGUGCUGUACUACACAAUAUGGCCAUCGACAUGAGAGAAGAUGUGUUUUCUGGUGAGAGAGAUAGCAUUGAACAAUAUUCAUCUGAACCUAUAGUACAAAGAUAUAUUGCACCAUCAAUAAGGGGAAAUAUUAGAAGAAGACAGUUUAUUGAAACUCAUUUUCAGUAG